CCAAACAUGUGUAGGGGUGAAUAAAUUAGCCGAAAAACCGGCUCUACAUUAAAUUAAACUUGUUUUUUCUUUUUUUCUUUCUAAGAGCAACUAAGAUAUAUAUAACCGGUUCAAUUUAUACCCUAAUUGAAACCCCUUUGUCAAGGAACCUGUCUAUAUAUACAGACAUAUGCUUACUACUUUCUUCUCACUCCAAUACAACUAAAAAAAUCUACUACGGUGUAUUAUACGACGACCAUCAUGCUCAAAAUGGGUCUAACGUCAUUUGAAGACGCCAUAAAAGAGCAGCUAAAGGAACGAAAAAACGCUCACUUCAUGUUGGUUGAUGGAAUGUCGAAGCUACUGACUGAAAAAGUUAACAAUUUUCAGUCAUUGGAUUUCCAAGUAUCUGGUCUCAAAUGGAGGUUGCUUAUACAACCAGCUGUGGGAGUAAAAGAUUAUCUAUCUGUUGCUGUAUGGAUCAUAGAUGAAAAGUGUACCGGGCCUAAUUGGGAAGUCAAAUUCAACUUCAAAAUCGGCCUACUCCCUCAGACUGGACCUGAAUAUUUCUACGUCUCGGUGGGGUGUCACAACGAAAAACAACCUGCUCAAGGGGUAGUCAAAUUCAUAACACACACGCAGUUAAAGGAGAGGUUUCUUGUGAACGACAAAGCGGUUUUCUAUGCCGAGAUAAGCGAAGAAGUCAUACCAAACUUCCUCGUUACUGGUAUCCCUCGAACCAUGGGGACAGCAGAACGCUUUAAACUGAUAGAGGUGGCUCGGAACAAUUCCAGAUUCACCUGGAAGAUCACGAAGUUUUCCUCCUUCAAUGGUGAAGAGCAUUCGUCUUACGAGUUCACGGUUGGACCACGGAGAUGGAAACUAGUAAUGUACCCAAGAGGAACCGGAGAUGGGAAAGGAAACUCGUUGUCUUUGUAUUUGAAUGCGUCUAAUUACGUCACCAAUAAUGGUCCAAAGGGGAGAACAUUCGCGGUCUAUAAAUUGAGAGUGUUGGACCAACUCCAUCGCAAUCAUUUCGAAAUUGGUAUGUAUGUAUACGUAAUUAUCCUUUUGUUUUCUAAGCUUUACAUUUUCUAUAUGCAUAUAUCAUCUAUAUAAUAAGCCGUUUGCUACUACUAAUGAUCACAUGUUUGAUAAAGACUGCCAAGAUUGGUUUCUUUAUGAUCCGGUUCAUCCAAGAUUAUGCUCAUGGGGACGUACCAAGUUCUUGCCGCUGGAGGAACUCCACAAAGCUUCUAGGGGAUUUCUGGUGAAUGAUCAGAUAUAUAUCGGUGUUGAAUUCUUAAUUGUAUCCACUACUGAGUAUCUCUGAUGCGCAUUCACGGGUUUGAUCAAGACCACACCAAUAAAUAGCUCCCGUUGAACCUAUCUACCUAUUGUUCUAUACUUGAAUAUUGUCAUGUACGUUGCUAAAUUAUCUUAUUGAGGGAUGCAUGCUUCAUGCUUGUGUUUGUGUUUAAGUGCUAUUUCUUGUUUGUAAUAUAUACAUAAACAAUUAAAAACCUCACCACGUUGAAAAAAUCAAUUUCCAU